AUGCACGACCCAGUACCGUCGGAUCUCUUGACCAAUGAGUCCAAUCCGUUCGAUCGGCUUCCGCAAGAGAUCCUCGCCGUCAUCUUGCGCCACGUAGCACCAUCCGGCACGUCCUUUCAGCAUGCCUUGGUGUUCAAGCGAUGGCAUCGCGCGGCGUGCCUCGCGCAGUCGUCAGUCCACGUGGCGAAAUCUCGAGCCAUCUCCUCCCCGCGCCUCGUCCUCGCGCUCUCCCGCUUUCCCCGCCUCACCCACCUCCAUAUCGAUCGAGACGGAGUCGAUUUCUUAGACGACGGGUUCCUGACGAUUCUCGCUAAAGGUGCUUGUAACGGGUGUGACAGUAGCGAGGAGGAGCGCGAGCAUGCGUCGUAUAACGAGGGCGAGGCGAAGGACCCGGAGGAAGAGGAGGAGGAGAGUCACGAAGAGCGACUCGGAGCCAUUGGCGCUGGCCAGAGAUUAGAACUGGACGGUACGGCUAGCAGUAGGGCGGGCGGCACUGGUGAUAGAGUGGGCGGCAAUGAUGAUACGCCACACGACAUCCCUUGUUCCAGUGGCAGCAGCUCGUCAGUGGAGAGAAUUCAGAGAAUGACCAUCCCCGGCUACCGCGCAGCAGCACAACGUGCUAUCGCAUCCGCGCUCCAAACUCCGCAUACCCAGCCGCACACCUCCCCUCUCCGCGCUCUCUUCCUCGCGGAGGACCCGCGCUCCCCCGCGCGCAUCACAGCAGCAGGCCUGGACUCCCUCUUCCUCCACUGCCGCCUCUUACACUCCCUCGCCCUGCACUGCGGCCGUGCAAUCACCGCGCUUUCCCCCUCUAUAGUCACACUGCCUGCACUCACAUCCCUAGAUAUUGCCAUGCCCUGCCUGGGAACUGAGCAGUCUAAGGGUGUUGGAGUUGGGGCUGUGCAAGAGCUUACGGAGUUUGCCGGAUUCGAUAAUGGAGAUGAGCCAGUUGGAAAGAGUGGUGGUGCUUGGGUGCAGGAGGCUGGUAAGUGUGCCGGAAGGGAUUGCAGAGAUGCCGAGCAUGCAAGAGGUGGUCUUUAG